CCGGGCGUGUGGGAAAUAAAUUUAAACCCCCUGGUUCCCGCUCCUCUCCCCUCCUGCGGCUUCAUUUUGUUUAUCUUUUCGAUCGUUAUCUCGGCUGUUUUGAAAGCAUUCUAUUUCGGCCUUCGGGAUUAUUCCAUGAUCCAGCUAGCACUGUCACUACCGACACAACAGACGGACCAGUACCAUCAACUUAUCAUCCGGCCCCAUUGAUCUACCUACCUGUUCACUUAAGCAUCCGUCAACCCUCUUCGCUCGAUCAAAUACCCCCGGGAUGUCCAUUCACAAAACUUCCACAAGCACCCUCUCCACAACCUACUCCUCUUCCUCCUUCACAACUCACUCACCGCCACGCCAAUGCUCCACCCUAGACCCCCUAAAGCCUGAAGCUACUUCCCGUACCCCAGUUUACCCUCGGGCCCGUCCUCGUCAGCGAGCCAGUCCUUGUUCACGAGCCGGCACAACACCCGCCCGGAGCUGCCCCCAAACACAAACCGCGAAGCCAAAAAAAUCCCUUCCGAAGAAGAUCCUAAGUGGCACCGGUCAGGUCCUUGGCUUCUGUGCAUGGGUCCUGUGCUUCUCCUGCGUUCUUUCAGGAGGCCGGGGAUUUGAUGAGAAGCAUCCUCAUCAGCCACUGUGAUCGACGGCGGGGGGGGGUGACAGUGCAACCUUGAGGCAAGGCUGUUGAUAAGACCAGUGAUAGUUGCACGAGUAAAUUUGUAGCUGGAAGUUCUGGGCGUUUGUCUGCGGUUCCCUUUUCUCUUUUUUUGACCUUCGGGCGUUUGGUUGCUUUUUCGCGGUGUUGGAACGGAAACCUAUUCGUUGCUGGGACUCCGCUACUUUCCAUUUUUCUUUUGGUUAGGUUUGAUGCUUGGAUUGGAUGGCAACGGAGGUGGGCAGUGAGAGGAAUCCGAUCUACCAAAGGUAGCGAUUUCUUGUAUGAUACUUUAGCAUUAGCGUCGACGAGUAAGUCACCGCACGCAUUUGAUUCAUCGCAGACCUGGCACAUUUGAGGCCCCCCACGUUCUGGACAUGUCUGGCCGCAGUGUUUCCGGGGCCCUGGCGCGAGAUUUUAUCUUGAUUUCCGAUUUCGCGGGUAUGAUGAUGGUUGUUUUUAGAGUACUCGUGGGGUAUCCUGUCAAAUUUUGCGUGGUGUCAAAUGCUCUAUUAUUGCCGCUAUCCUAUUUGCGCUUGGACAUGCGGUCACACGAUGUCACUCGAGAUGGCCGGUCGCAUCGCUCCGCAAAUAGAUGUGAAGUAUGGGUUCAA